AAGUUAAAACAUAAAACUAAAAAAAAAACCAACUUAAAAUUACAAAAGAAAACAGAACUAAAAUUUCUAUUAAAACAAAAUAUGAACUAUAAUAUUAUUUGCAUUAUUCUAAUAAUAAAAUCAAUACGCUGCUUUUACGCCUUAACCGUAACCACCGGUCAUUGUUAUCGCAAUGUUACGGUCAAAUAUCAAGUGCCCAUAACCAAGACUCGCCUCAAGUUGGACUCGCACUUAACCGAAUACUAUGUGGAAUUUGAAGAUCGUGUACGCAUUGACUCAUUGCGCAUGUGUUGUCCCGGCUAUCGUACCAUAAUUUUUGGUUUAUGUGAGCCCAUCUGCUCGGAACUCUGUCCAAACAAUAGUUAUUGUGGUGAACCGGAAAAAUGCCAGUGUAUACGUGGCUACGAGGAAUCACACAAUCAUCAUGUACGCUCCAUAACCAGCAAACAGCCCAGACAACUGAGAUGUCGCCCCAUAUGUGCGGGUGGUUGUCCCCAUCAUAGCCAGUGUGUGGCCCAUAACAAGUGUGUUUGUCGUGCCGGCUAUAAGGAUACUAGCAGCUGGUUUAAUAGUUUACGCUGUGAACGCAUCCAGUGUCCCAUGGAUCAGGUGUAUGAUGUGCUGCAGCAUAAAUGUAUCAAAGUCGAUAUGAAUUUGGAGGAAUUAAUGCAGCAGGUGGGUCAGAAAUUGACCAAAGGUUUCACCAUGCAGGACUAUGAUGAGGAUGUGGAUCAGAAUGAGGAAGAUAAUGAGACAUCACGUUUUGUGGGCUCUAGAGAAGACUGAUUUUUAAGUUUUGUGUUGUUUUUUUUUCAAAAUUUGUAUGUAUUAAUUAAGUUAGUGUUAGUAUUAUAGAAUAUGUGAGGUUAGUGUAAUAUAUGUGUGAUAAAUGUAAAAAAAAUGAUUAAAAUCAAACAAAGAAAAAAUAAAUUUUAUAUAUAUUUUAAAAGUUAAAA